AUGCUGCGUCAACAUACUCGAGUUCCUCGAAUAUCAGGGGCCCCAGGCCCCUCAGUGCGACCACAUCUCACUCCAACCAGUCCUCGCCGGACAUGUCGCCGCCCAUUCACCCAGAAACCACCGCUUCUGACUCUUUCCCCGCAGCGAAGCCGACCGCAACUAGCCUUCCUCUCACCCUCACCCAUCAGCCGGGCUCUCCCUCCGCUAUCCGUCCAUCUCCAACAACACUAUGCGAGACUUGUCUCGACCGAAAGCCGCGGUCACUUCAAGAAGCGCGCGUCACGCGUGCUGCGGAUUAGUCUGUCGCUCGGCGCUAUUCUUGUCUUUUACGAAAUCAUCAAGAUCGGCAUUUAUCAGGAGGAACUCGAGCACAAGUGGCCGACGCCUUCGGAAUGGUCGUGGAAAAGUCGAUGGUGCUUGCGGGCUGCCGAGGCGUGGCAGAACCCCGAGGAGAUUGGGAGGCUGAUGAGCGAUUGGCCGAUGGUUGCGGGUUACUGCAAGGAAUUGAUAUCGCGAUUGGAGGACGUGAAUGGUGAUGGGAAGGGCAUUGUUGAGCAGGAGGAAGGCGGACUUUUUAUCGAUGGUGUUGGCAAGGCCGGGUUCGAUAUCACGGCUAAAAGCGAGCCGUGGAGACGUGGGUACUUCCAGGCUCUCAUGGGAGCUGCAAAGGCAGCGGAGAAUCUGGAGGGCUGGCUCACGGAUCGGAAACAACGUGUCUCGGCAUCGGCGGAAUAUUUUGUUGGCCCUUCCAACCCCCGCCCGAAGCCUGUGCCCGUUGGACAGCUCACACCGCGUGAGGAGGACUCCGAGCCGGCAUCCCCUAGCCCUGAGGUCUUCUAUAUGAAGAUCCUGACCACCCGUGGCUUUGAGACUGGACAGAAGAUUGACGCUGCUCUCGCGUACGCAGACUGGCUGGAUUACAAGGGCCUGCAAAGCACUGCAGCUGAUAUGUACACAUGGGCCAUGGACAUCGCCGCGUCGGGGUCCCCAACGGACGCCACAAAGGUCGUGGACUUGAAGACCGGUAUCAUCAAGAGCAACGCCGAAUCUCUACCAUCCGAAAAUAUCCUCCGGGUCUCAACAGCCCUGGCAGUCCAUAACGCCCGACACGGCAACCUCCCAACAGCCCUCUCAAUCUUCGCCUCCGUCCUCAAAGCCCGCCGCGCCUCCUCUCCACCUCCCACCGGCACUGUCUUCCCAACACCCCCAUAUCUUCCCAAACAGUCAAACGACAUCUUCGUCUCCUUCUUCAACACUCUCAAAACUGUCUUCAUCCCCGCCCAAUACCCACCUCCACCACCCUCCGGCAACGAACCCCCCUACCGUACACCGUCCUCUCCCUGCGACGAAGCAGGGCUCAUGACCUAUAUUGGCGAAAUUAUCUACGCCACGCACUUCAAAGAAUUAGGGCUCGCGUGGACCCGCGACGCAGUCGAUCUCGCCGAAUCAACACUCCCGGACACAGAUCCGUCCGCGCGCGAAAACCGCUGCGUCGACUGUCUCCGCGUCGGAUUCGAGAACUGGAGGACAAUGGUCGCGCAGUUCCUCGAGAAGGCGCAAAAGGAUGAAGAGGAGACGAUUGCCAAGGCGAAGAACGGAUCUUCUUGGUUCGGCCCCUCGAAGAAACAGAUUGAAGCUAAGGCGGUGGAGAGGAAGAGGUGGGAGGCGGAGCAGUUUAUUCUGCAGGAACGCUUCAGGAAGCUCCUGCCCAUUAUUGAAAAUGACUCUGCAAUCCAGGGUGUCGUGCCUGGUGUCGGGUUGUUCUAG